AUGAGCUUGGACAAGUUCGAGGAGUUCUUUCGGUCAUGGGUUACCAAGAUAACUGUCACACCAAAUGAAUUACAAAGUCAUUUCAAAGAAGUAUAUGGCGAUACUCCCCUUACUGAUAUGAACAGUGUACGCUUAUGGAAUUACAUUUCCUAUUUGUGCAAUAAAUAUCCGAACAAAGAUUAUGAUUUCUUAAAGUUCGUGGAAGAUUUCCAACACAUUCUUGAACGAAUGGAUGAAGAAAAACAAAAACAUGGUAAUGGAAUAACCUUAGUAUUCUUAUGA